AUUGUUGUUUCAAACUUUGUAUGCCUGAUCUGCUCUAAGAACUUUUCACAGUCACACGUUUUUAGCCUAAAAAUUUUCAUUAUAAUCUUUCGUUGAUAUGGAGGAAAGUUUUAUGGUGUCAGUAUUUGAUGUUCAUAAGGAUAAUUUACAGUUUGUCUGGCCAAGUAUUGUAUGUUCAAUACAAAACGCGUCUUUCAUAGCUGUUGACUGUGAAUUGAGUGGCCUGGGAAGCAGAAAAUUGAUAAAUUCCCAAGCUGUUGAUGAUCGAUAUACAAACAUAAGCGAAGUUGCCAAAACACGAUCAAUAAUUUCUUUAGGACUGAGUUGCUUUAAACUGUCAGAGUGUGAAAAAACCUUAAAUUUUAAUGUGCAAACUUUCAAUUUUAUGGCAUUAUGUGCUGAAGAUUUUUUGGUUGAACCAUCUGCUCUUCAAUUUCUUGUCACACAUGGAUUUGAUUUCCACAAACAAUACUCUCAAGGUGUGCCGUAUAAUAGAGGAAAUGAUACCAGCUUCAAGGGAAAAUCAAAGAAAAACACAUGGGACAUGAGGGAUCUAUUUACUGUAAUGGUAUCAGCUAAAGUUCCUCUAGUUCUUCACAAUGGACUUGUAGAUUUGGUUUUCUUGUACCAAAAUCUUUAUGCUGAUCUGCCGACGAAACUUUCUUCUUUCAUUGCGGAUUUAGAGAUGAUGUUUCCCAGUGGGAUCUAUGAUACAAAAUUCGUUGCUGAAUUUUCACUUAGAACAAGCGCAUCGUUCUUAGAAUAUAUAUUCCGUAGCCACCAGGUGAAAAACACCAAUUUGAAGAAUUCUAGUCGCGCACAUGUGGUCUGCAAACAUACCUUAAUAGAAUCUGAUUUUAUUGACGUUUGGGAUUGUUCUCCGCGUUUGCAAAGUGAUGAAGAUUUGGAAAUUUGUCUAAAUUACAUUAAUCAUGGCUUUUGCAACACUGCGUCGAAUUGCAAGAAAUCUCACGACGUCUAUCGUGCCGCUCUGCUCGAAGAACAAAAGAAAACCAAGAAACGUAAACGAAAGGAUGAAAGCCAAAUUGUCAGCUUUGAAGCGAAUACUGUUAUGUCGGCAAUCCAUUCUCCGCGCCAAGAACGCUUCAGAGGACAUCGAGCUGGUCACGACGCAUUUAUGACAGGUUUCUGUUUUGCUUCCUUUAUAGCCCAGCGAUCAUCAACUUCGGCAGAAAAAGUCCACACCGUUUGCUGGAAGAAUCUUGUGGAUCGAAUUGUUGAUGUUCGGAAUCGUGUAUGUCUUAGUGGUAAAGACUUUCCCCUCGUCAUUCAAAAAAGCGCCUUCUCCAAAUGUUCGAAGUCUCAUUUGGAGAAAUACGAACGGCUCUUUCCCGGUUUGUAAAUUAAAUAAAAUGCUCUUAUGUUGACAA